GGCCCCGGAUAUCUGUUAAGGAUGGUCAUCUAAUGUUUAUAGCUCCACCUUUCAAGAAUAUAACCUUCAAGUCCCCGUCUGGAGUUUUUGUGAAUAAUAUGGAUUUGUUAGUAACCUUAGACAAGGCACACAACAUGACAAAAGCAGCUGAAAAGUAUUACCGUAGUUUGUCACUAUACAGCGACAGGCUGGAUACCUUAGAACAGAGGAUUUCUGAGCCCACGUAUGUUGUAGCAAACUCCAGUAAUAUAACAACAGACAUGACUAUCAUAAGAAGAUUAAAUAGAAGAAUAACAGCUCUUCAAAGGAGAGUAUCCAGCCUUGAAAGCCUGCUCUAUAAGGAUGAGUGUACUAGCAACCCUUGCAAAAAUGGGGGUACAUGUCAAGAUAUGUUUAAUGGUUAUGUCUGUCGAUGUUCAGAAGGGUGGGAGGGUCCUGAAUGUGAUGAAGAUGUAAACGAAUGUGCGAGGUUUGCCGGAACAGACUUAGGUUGUCAAAACGGAGCUACUUGCAUGAAUAAACCUGGAUCAUAUGAGUGUAUAUGCAUAGGCGGUUUCGUAGGAGUUCAUUGUACAAGAAGAAAGACAGACUGCUUAUCAGGGAGCCACGAUUUGUGCGGCGAACAUGGUACAUGCGUUCAAAAAAACAAUGCUUUUGGUUACAAGUGCAUAUGCGAUCAAGGUUACACAAAUGAUGGAAGUGAUAUACACUGUGUUGAUGUGAAUGAGUGUAAAAUGAACCAUCCUCCAUGUUCUCUAGAUCCUCCAGUACAGUGUAUCAAUCUUCCAGGCUCUUUCUAUUGUGGCCCCUGUCCUAAUGGUUUCACUGGAAAUGGAUAUCACUGCACCGAUAUAGAUGAAUGUACUGUGAACAAUGGAGGAUGUAGUAUCAGCCCUAUGGUUACUUGCAUAAAUACUCGCGGCUCAAGAGUAUGUGGACCAUGCCCACCAGGAUAUAGGGGAGAUGGUGUGACAUGUACCUAUGGUGGAGGACUAUGUUCUGCAAAUAAUGGAGGAUGCCAUCCUUUGGCUACCUGCCGAGAAAAUCCAAAUAUAGGGACAUACUACGUGGACUGUAUUUGCCCCCCUGGUUACAUUGGAAACGGGAAAGGCACCAAUGGUUGCACUCCGUCACCAAGUUACUUACAUCCCUGUACAUCAAACCCUUGCAAACAUGGGAUAUGUUCUGUUAAUAACACUCAUGAUUACAUCUGCACUUGUAAUAAAGGAUACCAAGGGAGAAACUGCGAAAUUUCCUCAAGUAAUCCAUGCGAUCCAAAUCCUUGUUUGAAUGGAGGUACCUGUCAAAAUAUAGCAUUUUUGACAUAUAAGUGUACUUGCAAGUCUGGGUUUUAUGGAAAGCAGUGCGAGUUCGAACUACCAGCCUGUGGAGGUAUAUGGAGGAAAGAAUCUGGUACCGUCAAAUACCCGCCCAGCAAUUUUUACUCUUCCAAUAAUGCUGUAAGCUGUGCGUGGACACUGAUAGUCAACAACACCAAAGUUUUGAACAUAACAUUCAAGGAUUUCAACCUAAAGAACCAAGUUGAUUGUCGUCAAGAAUUUUUUGAGAUACACGAUGGUCACAAUUCUGCCUCUCCUACCGUAGGUCGAUUUUGUGGGAAACAUUUCGCCAAUGGAAGCACCAUUUCUAGUACCCAUAACGCUAUUUACUUGUGGUUUCGGUCUGCAAACGUAGGAACUAGCAGUUUCGAACUUUCUUACGAAUCUGCGGCACCAGAAUGUGGAGGUGAAUUAGUAAAUGUUACCAAAGGACUGAUACAGUCUCCAGGGUUUCCAGCAAAAUAUCCAGUCAACCGUGAAUGUUACUGGAAGAUAUCUUUAUCACAGUUGGACAAGCGUCUAGAAUUCAAAUUUUUCUCGUUGCAAAUAGGAAAUGACUCGGAUUGUACUGGAGAUUAUAUUGAGGUUUAUGGUGAAGCAACAUCAAACCCACAUAGUCUAAUAAAAAAAAUCUGCAAUAGUUCGUUGCCAGAAGCGUUUUAUAGUCCAGGAGCUUUUGCUACAGUACAUUUCUCAUCAAAUGGAAAGGACUCUCAUCCUGGAUUCAUUCUAUCGUAUUCUACAGUGCCCGGUUUCCCUGGAUGUGGUGGGGUGAUUACGGCUGCAAGUGGAGACAUAAACGUCGCUGUAACUGAGAAUGAGACACCUUGUGAUUUCAGGAUCGAGCAACCUUUACACUCAAGGAUUCGAAUAACAUUUCCCAACUUUGAAGUUACUGAUCUUAAUGACUGCAGUGCUCACAAAAUUGAGCUUUAUGACGGACCAACUAAAGAAUCUCCGCUAGUAGGUCGUUUUUGUGGAGCUUCGGCACCUGACGAAUACGUGUCUACUGGAAACCAGCUGUUUAUUAUCACACAGCUCACAGAUUCGAUAAAGUGGAAAAUUCAUUACAAAAGAGAUGUUGUAGUGAGAUACACUGCACCCCGAGGGGCUUUCUCAAUCGAGAGACCUGGUACUGCCUAUAUAAUAGAAAGACCUCCUGGAGAAGUUAUAGAAGCAAGAAUAACUGUAUGGAUGCGAUAUCCCCUGUACGUUCAGCACCUUGUUAUUGAGGUGAGAGAUGGAGAUAAUGAGAGAGCACCUAUUAUAUCGUUACCGUCUGGUUCUAACGUCACUAUAACAUCGACCUACAAUGCUCUCUGGAUGAGUUGGAUGAGACUCCGACACAUACAAUGGGCCGCUGAUAAGGCCUCGGUCGAGUAUACUUCUGUAAAAUUAGUUUCAGAUGUUACAUACAUUUUAGGAUGUGGUGGAAUCCUCAAGAGCAAACUGGGCAAUAUAGCAUCACCUUCAAGUAUGGACGGCUUCUAUCCACAUAACAUUACCUGUACUUGGUUGAUAAUCGCGCCACCGAAACACAUUAUCCAGCUCUCCUGGUUGGCCUUCCAUCUGGAGCUAAGUUAUGAUUGUGUUUACGACAGCAUUGAAAUUUACGAUAAUAGCACGCAUUUGGGGGAAGGAGAGAUGCUUGGGAGGUAUUGUGGCUCAAAAAUGCCUCCUGUACUUUUCAGUACCUCCAAUAUCAUGUCCGUCAAGUUCAUUAGCGAUACCACUCUUAACACUGAUGGCUUCUUGGCUACGUAUUUGAUGAUGCAUGACAGUUCAACAUGUGGAGGCAACUUUUUCACUUCCUCUGGUGCAAUCAAGUCUCCAGGGUAUCCCAAUCCAUACCCAAAUAAUAUUGAUUGUUCGUGGACAAUCAAUACUAAGCCUGGCCAACAGAUACUCCUUUCAGUAGAAGACUUUGAAGUAGAAUCGUAUCCAGAUUGUAAAUACGACUAUUUGGAAAUUAGGAAUGGCGGAACCUCAGCUUCUCCUUUGAUAGGAGUUUAUUGUGGAAAAGAUAUUCCUAAGGAGAUACCAUCACAUAUCAAUCAAGUCUAUUUGCAUUUCAAGUCGGACUUGAGCAGAGAUGGACGUGGCUUCAGCAUUACGUGGUCAUCAACUGCUACAGGUUGUGGUGGUACUUUAACUUCACCAUCAGGUUCCAUCAUUUCUCCUCAUUACCCUGAACCGUACAAUAGGUACGCAGAAUGCAACUGGAGGAUUCUAGUUAACGCUGGAUCUGUCAUCCAAUCUGUGUUUUCUGAUAUUGAUUUGGAGAGGAGCUCACAAUGUUUGGCGGACUACGUCGAGUUAUUUGAUGGAGGCACAAGACAAUCCUUGGGCAGAUUUUGUUCUGCAGACGACAUCAAACCAAUUACUACAACAAAAAAUGAAAUGCUGGUGUUAUUCCGAUCAGACAUUGCUUUCCAAGGAAGAGGCUUCAGCUUGAGGUAUCACACAGUUUGCAAUAUUAAACUCACUGGUUUUGGAGGAGUGAUCGAAAGUCCAAAUUUCCCAACUGGAGUGCCUCGUGACAUGGAUUGCACCUGGGAGAUCGUCGUUCCUCAGGGAAACAAAAUCAACAUAACGUUUUCUCAUUUUGACGUAACAUCCGCUACGACUCCUUCCUAUUCAGAAGACAAUUCUACUUGUCCCCUGUCCUACGUAGAGAUAUCCUACGUUGAGAGUGAAGAAGAUGAAUCCUCGCCAUUUGUAAGUUACGGGAAGUAUUGUGGUACAAACCCAGGACACCUUACCAUUUCCAGCAAUGAUGCAAAAGUUCACUUUGUUAGUAGGGGAGAAUAUGGAACUGGAGAUCAACUCAGACUGGAGUGGGCGUUGUUUGGAUGUGGUGGACACUUGAGAGGAAAUUCAGGCUCAAUAACGUCUCCAAAUUAUCCGGAUAUAUAUCCAAAGAAUACAAAAUGUGAAUGGCUGAUAGAAGUAGCUUACGGAUACAGCAUUGAAAUUGAGUUUCAGGAGCUUGAAGUUGAAACUGAGCCAUCGUGUAUCUACGAUCAUGUCAAGAUCUAUAAUGGGAUGGACAACACGUACACGCUAUUGACCACAGUUUGCCAUCAGAGAAAAAGUACAAUAGUCUCAUCCACAGGAAAUUUUAUGUUCAUAGAAUUCCAAUCAGACUACUCUCUCAGUGGAAGAGGCUUCAAGGCCAAUUAUUCUGCUAUACCAACAACUUGUGGUGGAAAAUUUGUUGCCACUGAAGGUGUGAUAACAUCUCCAAACUAUCCGCAAAACUAUAACAAAAACGAAACGUGUGAGUGGAUGAUAGAUGUAGACGAAAGUCACUCAGUCGAACUUGUAUUUGAGGAUGUCGAUUUACUUCUCUCGAACAACUGCACUUUCAAUUAUGUGAAGGUAUUCGAUGGCCCUUCUGCAGCUUACCCAGUUCUAGCUACUGUUUGUGGACAAACUACGCCAAACAAAACAUUCAGAUCUACGUAUAAUAACAUGUUUGUGGAAUUUGUAUCUCACGAAUUAGUAACUACUAAAGGAUUUAGAGCCAAGUACCGCAAAGCAUGUGGGUCCAGAAUAACAACUCAGAGUUCGGGAAUGAUCAGAGUGGGCAAAGAUGAGUUCACAAGGUCAGAGUGCUUAUGGGUCAUCACUUCUUCUGAACCAACGCAACACGUUUCUUUGAGCAUUACCCAUCUAGAAUCAAAUUCGUACUGUGAUGGGGGUGACUAUUAUGAAUAUAAAGAUUAUUCAAUAUACGAUGGAGAUUCCGAUCAAGCACCAUUGAUCAAGUCUUAUUGUGGCCCUAAAAUUCCACCAACAAUUACUAGUAACGGUAACUCUCUAACCAUCAAACUCAGCGAUAAUGUAGAGUUUGUUGCUACAUACUCCGUAUUUGACUCACAUUGCGGAGGUACAUUUACAGCUUUGGAAGGAUAUUUUUCGACACCAGGAUAUCCUAAAGUUUAUCCUACAGACAUUCAGUGUGAAUGGAUUUUCCCUAGUGCUCCAGGAAACACCCUAUCUAUAAACUUCAUAGACUUCGAUUUAUCCGAGUCUGAAAACUGCAAUAGGGACUUUUUGGAAGUCAGAUCGAAAAACGCGUCCGGCAAACUACUGGGCGUAUUCUGUGGAAAGAAUAAGCCAGAUAAUUUGACGCAUCAAGAUAGCCUUUGGGUCUAUUUCAGGAGUAGUAGACCUCUGGAGGGAGAGACAGUGACUAAUAAGGGAUUUUAUGCUCAAUACGGUCUUAGCUAUCAAAAUGAAUUAACAGGAGAGAAAGGAGAGAUUUACUCUGUGUUAUACCCAAAGAUGUUCAAGGUUAACGGCGAGUUUUCAUGGAGAAUCACUGUAAAAGAGAGGAAAAAAAUACUGCUGACAUUCAAAGAAUUCGAACUGGAUUCAACUGAUGAAUCUUUCUGCUACAGAUCUAAGAUAAAUGUAUAUGAUGGGUACGACAUAGAGUCUAAAGAUUUGGGCGAAUUUUGUGGAACCACUAUACCAAAACCUCUCAAGUCAAGUUCAAAUGUGAUGUUUAUAUCAGCUUAUGUCCUUUCUCAGUUUGGAAUAAAAUUCGUAUUGGAGUGGCAAGAAAUUGACGAUUAUAGAAAUAUCCUACAAAAAAAAAGUUGUGGAUCGACAGACAUAAUAUCGCUUAAUUCAACUGUCUCGAAUUAUACAUUGACCUCUCCAGGAUACCCGACAGGAUACGCUCAUAAUUUGGAAUGCCAAUGGAUAUUCUCAACAGCCUCUAUGAACCAUCUGGCCAUAGUCUUUCAAGACGUCAAUUUUGGUAUCAGGGUUGCUGGAUUUUUCGCAACUACUUGCCAGUACAUGGACUUGGUACAAUUGUAUCAAAAGAGCGCUUUUGACGAUGAUUGGCAGAAAAUAAAAACCAUAUGUCAGACUACGUUAGAAGUUGUCCAUGCGACUAAUUUACUCAAGGUGGAGUUUGUUACAACUAGAUUUCGUAAUGGCACAGGAUUCAAAGCUUUAGUUUAUGCAGGAUGUGGUGGUUUACUAACAGAGCCUUCAGGGUAUAUAACUUUUGACGAAAAUUCAACAAAAGGAAUUGAGUGUCAGUGGAAUAUAACCGUCCGUUCUACAAGACAAAUUGAAUUGACCUUCGAGGAAAUUAAUAUUCCAGAGUCUGCAAAUGGAAUGUGUAACAAUUACUUAAUGGUGAAAAAUGGAAUAUCUCAGGAAUCUCCAUUCUUAGGUAACGGUAAAUACUGUGGUUCAAUAGUUCCUGAAAAACUUACGUCUACAGGAAACAAUCUAUAUGUGAAAUACAAAGGAAAUAGAAAUUCUAAAUUCAGACUUAGGUAUCAGGAAAAAGUACAAGGUUGUGGAGGAGAUAUUACUUUGACAAAAUACGAUCCUACCGACGAGAUACAGUCUCCUAACUAUCCGAAUAUACCGACUUCCCAUACAGAGUGCCACUGGGUCAUCACAGCACCCAUUGAUGAUUCAGUACGCAUCGAUUUUGAAGAUAGGUUUGACCUUUCGAUUGCGAAAAGUUGUUCAGUUGAAUACGUAGAAAUCAGGGAUGGUGGAACAGAAAAUUCUGCACUACUGGGCCGCUAUUGCGAAGAUCCUCCAAACUCAGUCAUCUCAACUGGUAACAUGCUAUUCGUGAAGUACUUCACUGAUACUGACGAUCCGAAAAACGGGUUCAGUGCGAAAGUUUCUAUAGCAGCGUGUGGGGGUACACUGAGAGGCACUUAUGGAGAGUUGACCUACAAAAACAGGGAUAACCAAAAAGGCGGGAACUGCACAUGGUACCUUCGAGGACCAGUGGACCAUUACUGGGAAAUCACUUUCACCCAUCUCAAUAUAUUUUCGUCAAAGCCUUGCGAAAAAUAUGUUGCGGUGAUUGAAAAGCGGGCUAUUGCUUCAAACAUUCAAGAAAUUUCUGAAAGUUACUUCUGUGGGGAUCAGCUGCCUAAUAAUAGUACCUCUAUGGGCAAAGACGUUAUCAUCAAAUUCGUAGGCAACCUUAGUGACUCUUUCAGCGUACGAUACAAACUCAAUCAAUCUCCUUGUGGAGGACACUUCAAGCAAGAAUCUGGAAUCUUGAAAUCCCCCGGGUAUCCACUUAUGAAUCACGUGAUGCGGGAUUGUGAAUGGAUAAUCGAAGUCCCAAAAGGCAGAAGAGUUACGCUGGAAUUCUUAGAUCUAGAUAUAGACUAUAGCGGACAUAAGCAUGGUAUCGAAGUUUGCGAUGGCGAUUCUUAUAUGAGUAGCUGCGAUAGUGUCAAGUCUACAGAUAGAAUAAAAGAGUCAAGUUCCAAUAAGAUGACGAUUUAUUACUAUGCAAUACUUCCUUCUACGCACAGGGGUUUCAAGGCUAAAUUUUCAUCGAAUUUUCCUUCUAUCUGUUCCGGUGGAUUCAUCGGGCAAAGUGGCAUUAUCCAGACGCCUACCGUUAGAAACCACUCUUAUUUUUGCACCUGGGUGUACCACAAUGAGGUCACAUUGAACAAGACAUUGUCACUGUCAAUUUCAGCGAUUUAUGAUCCUAAAGCAAAAGAAUCUAAUCGUGUCUGUUCAUUUGGUGCAGACGGCAUCAGAGUGACUCAAAAAUCAAAAAUGAGCCCUCUUCUGAAAAUUUGCUACACUACACCGGCACCACUGAUAAUACGAUCGCCGUUUCCGACACUGACUUUAGAGGCUGGUAUAAGAGACUCUCACAGCAUGAACUUUACAGUUGUAUACCGGAUUCACAACUGUGGUGGUCUAGUAACAGAUCAGCAAGGGGAAAUCAGGACUCCAAGCUAUCCCAAUGCCCCAACUGACACAGCAGAAUGUGCUUGGUUAAUAGAAGUAGGAAAAGGGCAAACAAUCAAUCUCACAGUCAUCGAUCUAGACUUGUCAGAUGAUUGUGAAAAAACCUUCCUUUCCAUUUAUAAUGGAGGAUCACAAAUCAAACCCAGGAUAUCAAAAACAUGUAGAAAGCUUGAGCAUCCGCUUAAUGUUAUUUCACAGAGCAAUCAGUUGUUUAUAGAGUAUAAAUUCGAGAAAGGGUCAACGGGCAAAGGCGUACAUAUGAAGUACGAAGCUUCAAGUACAGGUUGUGGAGGUAUUUUACAUGAUAGAUCCCGGAUAAUCCAAACACCGAACUAUGGCAGCAAAGAUUAUCCAAAUAAUGCCGAAUGUCUGUGGGAAUUUCGAGCUACAACAGGUUACCACAUCGCCUUUCAAUUCCAGGGAAGAUUCUACAUAGAAGAGAGUGAAAAUUGUGAAAAAGACUAUUUAGAAGUGUGGGAUUGGGACGAAGAAGUAUGGUCUCUUCAGAAGAAACUCUGCGGUAGAGCGACCCCGCAUGUAAUAAAAUCCAAAUCGGAUCGGCUCAAAUUAAUUUUCAGGAGUAACGAUAGAGUAACUGCAGCAGGUUUCAAGGGUAGAGCAGAUUGGGAAUGCGGUGGAAACUUCGUAGCAUCCAAAAAACCUAGAUAUAUUGUUAGUCCUGGAUAUCCUGUCGCAACCGAACCGAGUCAAAAUUGUGUUUACGAAGUCACUUCUCCAUCCAACAUCUUCCAUAUCAAGUUUUUAGAUUUCGAUCUGGAACCGGGCACAGGUUCAAUAUGUGAAUUUGAUAAUUUGACAAUUGCUCGAAAACAUCCUUACUACUUGUCUGAACAAACAUAUUGUGGUAGUAAUGUACCCCCACCUAUAACUAUGACUGGUACUGCGAUUAUUAAGCUUAAAACAGAUAAAUUUGUGAAUGGAAAAGGUUUCAAGUUGAUGUAUACUUCUGAGGAGUGUGGAGGCGAUAUAAACAAUGAAACAGCAAUUGAUUACACAUCCACUAUCUAUGACAAUAUCAGAAUAAACAUGAGGUUACCAACAGUAUAUGGAUGUGUGUGGAAAAUUACUGCCCCUCCAAAACAAAUUGUUGCUUUAAGGAUUGUCAAGUUACAGCUUGACUCAAGAUGCAUAUCCAAUCUCCAAAUCUUCAAUGGUCUGAAUAAUAUCCAGCAAAAUAAACUAGGCAAAUUUUGUGGAAGCAUAAAUUCUGAUGUGACCAUCCACUCUGAAAACAAUACUAUGUUAGUCCACUUGUUGAGUCACCCAAUGUACAGGGGCACAGUCGUAUUUAAGGCUGAAGUUCACUUCUCUCAUGGACCACAAGAAGGUUGUGGAGGAUUUAUCAAUCUGACUGAAGCCAAAACCAUAACUGCUCCACAUUUAGAAAAGAUUGACUGUUCUUGGAUCAUUGUAGCACCAAGAGAUCAUCAAAUCGCUAUAAAUGUCGCUGAAGUCAGGCUGCCUAAGUAUUGUGACAUUUCAAAUGACACCUGUGGUUGUGCAUCGCUAGAGAUUCACGAUGGUGGGAGUCCUAUUGCUGAUAUGAUAGAGAGAAUCUGUAAGAACGUUACAAAUGAGAGGUACACUACUUACAAGAAUAUGCUUUUUAUACGUUUAGUUCAUUAUCCAAUGACUCAGAAUGCAUUUACAAUCACCUUGACACCUGUUGUACCUUUAUGCGGUCCCAGAGAAUUGAAUGUGACGAAUACUAUUCAGACGCUAACAUCUCCUGGAUAUCCCAACCAUGGUGGAUUUAAAUGUUACUAUAACUUCUAUGAUCCGAAUAAUAAAAUAUCUUCGGCAAUCCAUCUCCAUUUUAUAGAGUUCGAUCUAUCAACUGAAGAAAAAUCAGAAAACCUUCAAUAUAUCACUCAGUGUCAGGGAGAUAUUAUAGAGAUCAUUGAAGAUCAAGACAUGGGAGGCCCAGGUAGUGGGUUACUUAGUCCAGAGUAUGUCUUCAAGGGACAUCGUAAAUCUGUGUCAUCGUCUUAUAUCACAGCUUGGGGCUUUUUGGAUACCAAAGGAAGACACGUAUUUUGUGGCAGAGAUGAUAAGCCUUUUGACUACUAUACGUCUUCCACGAGAGUUACUCUAUUUUAUGAUGGAACUAAGGGCAAAGAUCAUGGCAGGGGUUUCAAACUAGAAUAUUCCCUAGCAGGCUGCAACAGAAAUUACACAGAACUUCAAGGCAGAGUUUCAAAUGGUUAUAAUAAUACAGAAUGUCUAGUCUCUAUUACAGUACCAGAAAAUCGAACAAUAUCACUAUUCUUCAACCUAUUACAAAUGAAGAAUGUUAACCAAUGUAGUAAUGAUGCGUUAGAGAUCAGAGAUGGGUCACCAACAGGUACUCUACUAACAAAAGUUUGCGGCUAUGCUAUACCAGAUCCAGUAUUCUCUCACACCAACAAAGUAUUCAUUCAUAUCUACAGCAAAACACAACCACACUUGGAUCGAAUGAGAUACGACAUCUCCUAUACGUCAACGGACAAGGGCCGAGGAUGUGGUGGAACUCUUUAUGGUACCAGAGGAAGAGUUUACAGCCCUAUGUAUCCACAUCCUUUUAGGAAUGAGACUACUUGUACGUGGAUCAUCAGAGUACCAGUGGGACAUAGGACAGUACUGAAAAUUAUGGCCUACGACCUAGAGGGACCUUGUGACAAAACAUAUUUGAACAUAGUAACGCAUUCAUCUACUGGAAAAGCUACUUCAAGUACAUUAUGUCCAUCAGAUGACCCAGACGUAUUCAAAUCAGAAUCCUAUAUCACUCUGUCUUAUACAUCAUCCAUACAUAAUGAUGGCAAAGGAUGGGAGCUUUUCUACCAGGCUGUUCCAAAAGAUGUCGCACUGGUGUAAUGGAUGUCACCAUUUUGGAUUGUGAUGAGAUUCAAUCAAGUAUAUUUUUUAAAUGUUUGAGUUGUAAUGUAACAACUGAGGAUUAUGAGAUUCAAUAAAGUAUAUUUUUUAAU